CGCCAAUCAUCUUUGUAAGUGGGAGGAAGCCGCAGUACCCGGAGAGAACCCACGCAGUCAUAUUACAAUUGUAAUAUUUACAUCGUAGAGUGGAAGUGGGUGCAGCGAACACUGUACAAACACACUCACGUGAGAGACGUGUUCCACUGAUGACGUAGUAUUCGUGCGACAUGUUCUGCAAUAACACAGCGCCGCAUUAGUGGGCGAAACUCAACUUUUACAACUCUCGUCAAGACGGCAAUCAAGGUCUGUGUGUUUGUCUUUGAUGUUGACCCCACCGAAGAUCCCAACAGGACAGACAGGAGAGGAUGUCUGCAUCUGCCCUGCGUUUUAUCCACUAUAGGAGAUUGAGUUCAGUUGUGGUGCCUGGUCUCAACAAGGUGCUCCGUUGGAAGGAUUUAAGAAAGGUUGCCAAGGUAACAGGUGCAAUUGUGUUCGGAGGCUGCCUUUUUAUCACAUAUGAGGUGGCGGCCUUAGACAAAGCUGUGACCAUAGACACCAGUGUGAUCCUUCAAGAGAAGUACAAGUCUUACAUUUAUCUGCGAACCAGUCCCUCGGAUGAAAAGGAUAACCUUGCUGCAGGGCUCACUCAGAAGACAAGGAGGGAACUCCACAAAGCAGCGAGACGGUUUCUAGAAAUAUCCUCACGGCUUCUGCUUCAGUCAUUGGAUGAGCGACUAAGUCAUGUAGAUGCAGACCCACAUGAGGUGGCGCUGUGGGUCCUACUAAAAAAGACACAAUCCGACAAUGGGGCCGCCAGAAUACAAGCUGUGCAGGACCUUGCAGACAAUCACCACUGGCAUGACUACCAGUAUCAGACCGCUGCCCAGGUUAUAGACCAAAGAACCGCAGUGGGCCUCGCUCGGACUCCAUGGGCCGACCUGCGAUUCUUCCUCCCUGGGCCUGCACUUCCUGAUCUUAAUGAUAGUUUCUCAGCAGAGGACGGUCUGAGGCAGCUGCUCGCUUCUCUGCCACAGUCCGAGGUGGACAAGUGUGUUCAGUAUUUCACGUCGCAGGCCCUCAGGGAGAGCACGCACUCGUUAGCAGCGCAGCGGGGUGGCCUGUGGUGUUUUGGUGGCAACGGGCUGCCCUACGCCCAGAGCCUCACCUCUGUUCCCUCUGAGAAGGUGGAGUCCUUCUGCCUACAAGCCCUAGUGCAGCACUCCAAGGUUCAAAGCCACUGUGACCACAUAGUGUCCAACGGGGGUCUCCAGCUUCUUCAAAGGGUUUACCAGCUCAGGAGAGACUCCCAGAAGAUUCAGAGGAACAUUGUGCGAAUCAUUGGAAACCUGGCGCUCAAUGAGAGCAUUCACAAGGCCAUCGUACAAUCGGGAUGGGUGUCGGUCCUGGCCGAGAUGAUGCAAUCUCCUCACGUCAUGCAGGCGUCCCAUGCAGCUCGCGCCCUCGCCAACCUAGACAGGGAGACGGUGAAAGAAAAGUAUGAAGAUGGGGUCUACAUUCUACACCCGCAAACACGCGACAAACAGCCAAUUAAAGCAGACGUGCUGUUUAUCCACGGUGUCCUGGGGGCAGCCUUUAAGACAUGGCGCCAGAAGGACAAAAGCGUGUUAGAGGAAGAGAACACCAAAGAUGGCGGGGAUGAUUACACAGAGUGUUGGCCAAAGUCAUGGUUAGCUGCUGAUUGUCCACAUCUGAGGGUGUUAUCAGUGGAAUAUGAUAGCCACCUCAGUGACUGGAUGGCUCAGUGUCCUGCUGAGAAUCAAAGGAAGUCCUUGGCCAGCAGAAGCCAAGAGCUGCUGAAGAAGCUAAAGAUGGCAGGGGUUGGAGACAGACCGGUGAUCUGGGUAGCUCACAGUAUGGGAGGCUUGCUUGUGAAAAAAAUGCUAAUUGAUGCCUCUGAAGACCCAGACAUGCAGGACCUGUUAAGGAACACCAAGGGCAUUUUGUUCUACAGUGUACCUCAUCACGGCACCUUUAUGGCAGAAUACUCAGUCAAUGUCCGAUAUCUCCUCUUCCCCUCCAUCGAAGUCCGAGAGCUUUGCAAAGACUCACCAGCCCUGCGCGACCUGAACGAGAACUUCUUGAACAUAGCCAAAGGGGAACAAAUUAAGGUGUUAAGCUUUGCAGAGACGCUUCCCACAAACAUCGGUCCUAUGAUCAAGAUACUGGUGGUGCCAGCACAGUCAGCAAACAUUGGCAUUGGGGACCUGAUUGAAGUGGAUGUGGAUCAUCUGAGCAUCUGCAAGCCAGAGAAGAAGGAGUCAUUCUUGUACAAGCGCAGCCUUCAGUUCAUCCAGGAAACAUUGCAGAGCUCCAUCAGCCAUUGACGACCACUUAACAUACUUGAACCAGCCUCCUGGUCCCACAGAAAUAACGACUAAUGUAAUUUUCGUGUAAUGAGAAUUAACAUGAAUAACCAGUGAAGAGUUAUUCAUUCUCUAAGCACAAAACUAAAUGCAGAUAUCUCACUAAUACCCAAAGCUUAUUUAAAAGUUGAUCAUGGCAACCCUUUUCUGUAAAAGGUAUGCCCAUGAUUUUAUUUCUUACACCUAAAUUAGACCUUUUCUAACAAUUAACUCAGUUUAAAAAAAAAAUGGACUUACCCCUCAGUAUUUAAGACCAAUAGUAUCAUUUGGAUUUUAUUUGUGCAUUUAUAUUUAUGCUUUUUACUGAAUAACAGUCAUAAUGAUGAUCCUAAUUUGAUAACUGACAACUCAAUAGGAUUUUCAUCUUCAUUUUUUUUGUGGUCACACAUUUCACAAGAGAACAAUAAAAUGUGUUCGGUUGGAGGCGUCA